CUCUCUCUUUCAUACCCCACCCAACCCACCAGUCUUCUUACCCACCUUCACGAAUAUUUACCAUGUCCGACACCGGCCGCCAGAGCUUGACCGACAAAGUUGGUGCUGCUGUCAAGCCCGACUCUGAGAAGUCGACCACCGAGCACUUGGGCGACAAGUUCAAGGGCAACGCCGACUCUGCCGCCUCGACGGCGCAGCCCGAGAGCCAGAAGUCGUACGGCCAGCAGAUUGGCGACACGUUCUCUAGCAACUCCAACCAGAACGAGCCUUCGAUGACCCAAAAGGCGAAGAACGCCAUGGGUCUCGGCAACAACUGAGCGGCGCGUCUGACGCUUGCCUGGCGAUUAUGUAUCAAUAGUUGUUCGGAGGACCUCGGAGGCCUAGUGUCAUGUUGUAACGAUAUUCGGUAUCAUACACGAGAUUAGUAUCUUGGAAUCCAAUACGCUGUAUUCAGUUGACGUGACAUUAAUACCAUACACGAUGCCGGAA